AUGGAUUUGUUUUAAACUAGAGAAACUGUUGACAGCGAUAAAUGCCCGCUGGAGGGCGCCAAGUUAAAAAAAGACGAGGUGUGCUCGACUUCAUGCUAACUUCAAGAUGACAUCAAAACCCCGCGAGAAUUUUUGAAAGCUGUGCUUUCGAAUGGGUCUCGCGGUACUCUGACGUAAUACAAUGAUAGGUCUGUGCUGCGCCGUACAAAGUCCAACAUAUCUAUCAAUUUCACAUUGCAGGUGUAAGAUCGCAAACUUAAUUGCAAACUAAUAAUUUUAAACACAUUGCUUUUCCUGAAAAAAAAAACUUACUUCCUUUCCAUACUUCAUACAUACAUAAAUCAAUAAAAACAUCCGACACGGAAAGUCAGUUUACUUACUUAAAUUCUUAAAUUGCAUUUUUCAAUAAAUCAUAAAACUAGACAAAAAAAACUUUGCUUCGUUGUUAUAAAUAUGUUUUUCAACUACCCCCCAUUCAGUAAAAGCAAGCUUAUACAAUGCAAGCAGCAAAUGCGCCAUCCUGUCGUCAUGACGUCGGCGAAUAGGAAAAGUCAGAAAUGAUAUUUUUGUCUACAAAAAAAUGAUCGAGGAUGAGACUGUACCAUAUUCCACUGGAUUUGUAGUUCGUCGCUCCGCGAGCUCCCGUUGAGUCCCAGUGUCCCGCCCGCCGCGGGGAACUACAACUCCCAUGAAACCCGCGCAGCGCUUACUGUUCAUAUCAAUAUGGCUUCUGUCAGUCAGACAAAGGCGAAUCGGUUUUUGCCUUGAAAUGAAAUUAAGUUAGAGCAGGGUAGCGGCAGAGUCGGACGUCGUCCAGUUUGGCCGGUUCAUGUCUGCUGACGGGGAUUAAAGAAAGCAGCUCCAACACUGACGGUUCGGUUGAAUAAAUGCUGCGGUGCACGGAGUCCCCGCACGCGCACGAUCAGAAUGUCCCAUUAUACAGAUGAGCCUCGUUUUACCAUUGAGCAGAUCGACUUGCUGCAGCGUCUGCGUAGGAGUGGCAUGACGAAGCAAGAGAUCUUGCAUGCCAUGGACACUCUCGACCGGCUGGACCGCGAGCACGUCGAGAAGUUCGGCCAUCGGCACGCACACGCCGGAAACGGGGCGGGGGGCGUCGCCGGUAAUGCCAGCAACUCCACCACCUCUUCCAACUCCUGCACUACCUCCUCUAACAACCUCACAGCCUCUUUGUCGAGAACCUCUACGGCCACGCAAACUAGUUACCGUGGCAACAGCCUCUCCCCGUCCCAUAGCAACAGUUACGAUACCUCCCCGCCACCUGCGGCCCCCACCCCCAUGCCUGUAGUGGUGCCCACGAUCCAAAACGGGCGGGACGUCCUUGCUGCCAUGCCCAAUGGGAAGCUCUCUCCGCCUCGUUUCGUAGUGAGUAACGCCUCCGCACGGGCCUUCGGGUUCGAGCUCCCUGAUGAGGAGGUGGACGUCGAUGACAAAGUUGAGGAGCUCAUGAGAAUGGACAGCGCUAUAAUUAAAGAAGAAAUUAAAGCUUUCUUGGGGACCCGGCGAAUAUCACAGGCUGUUGUUGCCCAAGUUACAGGUAUCAGUCAAAGCCGAAUCUCUCAUUGGCUACUUCAGCAGGGUUCAGACCUCAGUGAGCAGAAGAAAAGAGCUUUCUACCGCUGGUAUCAACUGGAGAAAACUACACCCGGUGCGACGCUAGCGAUGCGGCCCAACCCCAUGGCACUGGAGGACAUAGUGGAGUGGCGCCAAACUCCUCCUCCCAUCAGCAGCACGCCGGGCAGCUUUCGCCUGCGGCGCGGCAGCCGCUUCACCUGGAGGAAAGAAUGUCUGGCGGUGAUGGAGAGUUAUUUUAAUGACAACCAGUAUCCCGAUGAAACCAAACGAGAGGAAAUUGCCAAUGCCUGCAAUGCAGUAAUACAAAAACCAGGGAAAAAGCUUUCAGAUCUCGAGCGCGUCACAUCGCUGAAAGUUUACAACUGGUUUGCCAACAGACGGAAGGAAAUCAAGAGGAGAGCCAACAUAGAAGCAGCAAUCCUGGAAAGUCAUGGGAUUGAUGUCCAGAGCCCGGGCGGUCAUUCCAACAGCGAUGAGAUUGAUGGAAACGACUACGGUGAGCAGGUACCUGCCGACCAGGUUCUGGGAAUGAGAGCAGUGGUUCCUGCAGAGGUGACCUGUCAUCACCCACUCAGGUAUGCAGACACACACAAAAUUGGCAACAUGAUCAGGAUGAUGCCACCGGACCAAGUGAACACCAGGACCCUAUAGCUUUGGCUGUGGAGAUGGCGGCCGUCAAUCACAGCAUCCUGGCGCUGGCGAGGCAGGGCGGAGCCACCGGUGGCAUCAAAACAGAGGUGCUGGAUGAUGAUUAAGUAUCUUCCCUCGACGUGUCCGUCACGGGUGGCGCGCAGAGGGACGGCGAAGGAGAAAUGUGGGGUUAUUAUAAAAGCCGCACGUGAACCGUUUGCACGUGAACUGAAGAAUGUGGCCGGGUCACGAAUGACCAAAGCAGAGGUUCUGAAGACUGUUAACCCAACAUUCCCCUCUUCCAGCUCCCCUCAUACAUGUGACACCUCAAUAAUCUUUCAUUAUAACAGCUCUCCUAACUACAGCAGGUUCACUAAAAACAUAUCAGCUGUCAUUUCACACUCAGAUAAUGAAUUUUGCCUCUUUUUCGUCUUUCAGGAAGUCUUCUUUGCAGGAUAUAAGAGGUCAGGAUCGUAUUAACCGUUUACUGUCCUUUCUCUCUCUCUCUCCAGGGAAAGUGUGAUGGGAAGCAUAUUCUCUCUCACUUGUUAACUUAUUUCGUUGUGAUGUACAGUACAGUGGAUGCAGAACUGCAUUUGCUGGAAUUCAUUU